AAUAAAAGUAAUCUAACUAGUUGAGACGGAGGGAGUAAAUGGUAGAGGCUCCUGCCUCCUAUAUAUAUGCAUCAACCUCCACACUAUUCAAAGGCAUGUAGUAUCACAACUAAUUCAUCUUUCACAAAAAAUAAAUAAAAAAUCAUGAAUAUUCUCUCAAAAUUAACUAAGACCGCCGGCGGCGAUUCCACCGACGACACCAAAAAAGCCGAUGGUAGCACUGAAUCCGGCUCCACAACUGAACUUUUCGCCAGCGCUAAAGUGUUAGCCGAAGCCGCACAAAGCCAAUUCAACAAAGAUUCAUCUUCCGCACCAAUUGACAACAAAAAAGUAGCCGAAGCAGCUGCAGAUGUCCUCGACGCUGCUCAGAAGUAUGGAAAGUUGGAUGAAACUCAAGGGGUUGGACAGUACGUUGAAAAAGCUGAAACCUACCUCCAUCAAUACGGUUCUGGUGGUAGUACUCCUGCUUCUGCUCCCGCUGCUGCCGCCGAAGAGAAGGCGGCUCCGGCAGCUGCACCGGAAGAAACAGAAGCACCUGCUCCAGCAUCGGAACCGGAGCCGGUUCCUCAGGAGGAGGAGAAAAAGAGUGAAGGAGGAGCAGAUUAUCUUAAGAUGGCUGGUGACUUCUUAAGCAAGAAAUGAUUAGAGUGUAAUUAGCUUCUUAAUUAAUUAUGUCCUAUGCUUUUAGUUAUAGUCGAGUGUCUUUCAAAAAUAUUAAUCUAUAUCCAAAAAAUAGCGAUAACGUUCUCUGAAUCUUUCGAGAUUUCGUUGAGUAUGUUAUUUGUUAUUUUAAUUACAGCUGAAGUUGUAUUUUCGGCCGCGAUGAAUGUUUUCUUCGCGACCGGAGUUGGGUUUGAUGGGAAUAUGUAUGUAAGUUUGUGUGUAUUUUAGUGUGAUUUUUAUUGCGUAA